AUGGAGAGCAAACUGCCUACUUUGUACGAUAUUCUAGCGGAGCUAGAUGAAAAUUUCGAUUAUACAAAAGAUUGCUUACCAGAAGAAAAGUGUGUGAGUGAUGAACAAAUGGUACUAGAUAAAUUUCAUAAAUUUACUAGAAAUUCACAUUGUGAGGAAAAUUUAGAAUUUUUCAAUAAGAGUAAGAAAUUCUUAUUGGAUGAUACAUACAAAGAGUUUGAACUUGAUGAUUGGAAUCGUGAAAUUUAUAAGAAAUUUAUAAAGAUUAAUUCGCCCAUGGAAUGUAAUUUCCCACAAAAUAUUAGGGAGAUUUUUGAUGUGUGUCAUGAAGCAGGCGAGAUCCCUAGCCAAAAGGACAUCGCUAAUGCUAUACAACACAUCCUGGGUCUACUAUUUGACAUAUAUACACGAUUCAGCAAUCAGUACCAUUACCAAUAUAUUCCAGCAUCAGAACCCUUCACCGAAAAAGUCAGAGAAACGCAAGAAUCCUCGAGUUCAACUAGAAUCUCAACAUUACGUGCAGAUUCUAACGAUAACAUAUACCGUUCCUCAGUGUUCCACAGAAGUAGGAGGUUUUUCAACAAGUUCAAAAGAUAA